UGGAACGUAGAUGGGUGGCGUCUUUUCUCCCACCUACGAGACAGAACUUACGGAAGUGGCUGGGAGCGAAUGUCAACAAGCGAGGAAGAGAAAAGCUAAACACUUCCAGCAAGAUGCAUUGGUGAUGAUGGCGCAUGUCAUUGUGGCGAGCUGAUGGAUAAACUGACCAAAAUUCUUCCAUAAAUUGUAUUUUAAUUAGUUUUUUUCAUGAAUCAUUGACAGUAACUGGCUUGAUAGAAUGUCUGUUUUACACAGCCUUUGCUUCUUAGGUCUUUUGUUUUUAACAGUUCCUUGCACUCUGAAGCUGGUCUUCAGUGCUGCUCUUUGUGAUCAUUCACCCAAAAUACUUCAAUCCAGACAAGGAGAGAUUCAUAACUCUCCGUAUCAUUCCUGGCCUUACCAUACACUUAACUGCAGUUGGCUAAUAACCUCGAAAGUUGGGGAGCGUGUGAUCAUCAGUUUUUCCCAGUUUAAUAUGAGAUGUGGGCGGCAAUGGGUCUCUGUGGUUCCUCUCACUGGCAGCCCUUUCAAACUCUGUGGUUCCCAGCUUCCAGCACCAUUUGAGAUGACCGGUGGAAACAUUACAGUGACGCACCACUUCAUUCCACAUAUUUUCCCUGUAACAGGGUUCCGUCUAUCAUAUUUUAAAGACUCAGGUCCCUGUUUUCCAGGCGAGUUUGAAUGUUACAGUGAGCGUUGUCUCCCGGCAUCAUGGCGCUGUAACGGACGAGUUGAAUGCCUUGGUGUUGGUGAUGAACUUGGGUCGGACGAAGACGGAUGUUACAGUCCUGAACCACCCAUAGACAAUAGCCUAAAUGACCUCCCUCCCUUUGAAACCACCACCUCCACAAUCUCAUUAUUGAGCACAGAUGCACCCCCUCCUAAAAUCCCGGACUUUCCCUUGUUGCCACAAGGAGGGCCAUGUGGAGGAUACUUAAAAGCAUUUUAUGGGUCGUUUACUCCCCCUGUCCCCACAGGACAGAAGAUGGAAUGUGUGUGGACAGUUGACCCCCAAGAUUCACGACCGCUCAAAUUAGAGCUUCAGCAACUGGACCUAGGUGUUAAGGACUUGAUCACAAUCACAGACCAACCCUAUGGCAUGGGGAACAUCAUUAAAACAAUCACCUUUGUGUCCAAUAACAAAGCAGUUGAAGUGGAAUCUCGCACUGGCUUGCUUUCGCUGAUCUACCGCAGGGAACCUGUACUGGAAGGUCGGGGCUUUAAUGCAACCUAUCGCAUCACAGAUUACUGCCUUCCAUGGGAGGAGCUUUGCGGAGGAUCACUUGGAGGCUGUUACACUGCAGACCAGCGGUGCGAUGGGCACUGGGACUGUCCUGAAACAGGCCUGGAUGAGGAAGCGUGCUGGGGCUGCAAGGCUGGAUCUUUCUUAUGUGCGAUGGGAGGAAUUAAGAAAGCGGGCCACCAAACAGAAAACCCUGUCUGCUAUUCGUUUCACGAGCGCUGCAACUACCAGCUCAACUGUCCCGAUGGAACGGAUGAAAGAGAAUGUACCAUCUGCCAACCUGGGACAUUUCACUGCGACAGUGACAGGUGUGUGUUUGAGAGCUGGCGCUGUGAUGGACAGGUGGACUGUAAGGAUGGCACCGAUGAGCUUAACUGCACUGCCACCCUGCCCCGAAAGGUCAUAACCGCAGCUACUGUUGGAAGUCUGGUUUGCGGACUUCUGCUUGUCAUCGCAAUGGGCUGCACUUGUAAGCUGUACUCACUACGUACGCGAGAGUACAGCUUGUUCGCACCAAUCACUCGGCAGGAGGCUGAACUGAUCCAGCAGCAGGCCCCGCCCUCUUAUGGUCAGCUGAUUGCUCAGGGAAUCAUCCCACCAGUGGAAGACUUCCCUACUGAGAACCCCAAUGAGACUGUCUCUCUCUCUCUGCGAGGAAUACUGCAGCUUCUCAGACAAGACAAUGCUUCCUCUCUACGGCGAAGACGCAGGCCUCGAUUUGUCCGCAGAGCGGUGCGACGCUUACGAAGAUGGGGCUUGAUUCCCAGAGCCACCUCCAGACCAACACAGACCACGGCCUCUUCUUCUCAACAGACAGAAGCUGCUAAUUCUAGUACUCAGCCAAGUCAGUCAAGUCCUGGAGCCUCCUCAGUGGCCACAGAGGCUUUCAGUCAGUCCUUGACUCAAAAACUGGGUUUAUCCCAACAGACAGAAACGCAGCAGCAAGCCGAGGCUCCUCCACCUUCUCCAUCUCCCCCGCCUCCUUUUCCUUUCCAGCCAGUCGAAUCUGCUGAAGCGCAACAAACCCCACCCAUCACUGCCCCACCCAGCAGUCCCUCCCUGGCGUCUCUCUUCCACACCCUCGGACGGAGUAUUUCGCGUUUCAGACCCUCUCCGUCCACUACUUCGCUCCCUCUUUCCGCAUCCCCCUCUUUUUCUUCUUCUUCCUCUGAAGAUGAAGUAUUGCUGAUUCCUCUCUCUGAUGACACAACCUCUGAAGACGACGUGCCCAUGCUGACUUGAGCGACUUAGCUGGUCUUUUCUUCUCUCUCUCUCCACCUUGUUCUUGAUCUCCCUGCCUUCCUCUUUUCAGCACGUGUCAGUGUCACCAUGUUUGGUUCUUGUGCUGGCUUGGUGCCUUAACUCGUAUUAGAGCAUCUGUUUAAAUAGUAUUGUGUGUCAGAAAUGGUUGACAAGCGCCUGAGCGUAAGGUCGGUGUUGGUUGUGCACUUAAGUGUUGAAUAUGAUCGAAGAAAAUUUGCACAAAGAACCCUUCCUCCCCCUCCAAAAUGGCUUACGAAAUGUGACGUUGGUUUAAACAGAUUGAUUUUAGUUAGAAUUGCUUGUUUGUAUCAGCAGACAUGGUUGCGUGAUGUACAUACAUGUGAGUUUACCUCAUAACGCUAUUAUAGGCCACAUAUUCUAUUGUGUGUGUUCCUCAGAAGUGCCUUUGAUUGAGCUUCCUGUACAUCACUAGACUGUAUGUUGUGACUGCGUUAUGUGCUUGCACGUAGGGCCAAACACACUUGCACAAAAGUUUACACAUAGAUGUAGAACUCACCCUCGCUAUGUAUAUGGUAGUGCAUGGCAACUGUGGCAAUAACUUGAUAAUAAAGAAAUGUGUGUUGUGAGAGUGAGUGAAUGUACGUGUGUGUAUGAGAGAGUGAACCAGCUGGAAGUGGAAAGCCACUCAGCUGAGACAAUCUUUUGUGGAGGUUUCACUCAGACCUUCACGUGCACCACCACCAACCUGAAUGAUACUUUAUCACAAUAACUUGAAUAUGUCUUUUAAAGUUUUCCGAUUUCAUACCUUUCUGGCUCAGUGGACAAUUAACAGGCGAGCAGUCGUAGUGCCAUAUCUAUAGUGUCUUGAUUUUAGCUGCUGUUAUGAUCUGUCAUUUCACUCCCUAUUUUACCCUGUCGAUGUUUUUACGCAGUGUAUUUUUAACGCCGAGGUGUUGUUGAACUCUCAUCUGCUGAAUGGUGAACGCAUUUAAAAUGACGUGGGUGGGAAUUAUCUUAGAUGAACUGAAGAUAGCAGGAUGAAUUUCACUGUAUAUAUUUGCUAAACCAGCUGGAGAAUUCACAAAAAUUAAAAUGAUUUGCACUUUUAUUCUAA